CCGCCACUCCGCAUACACCGUUGCAGAGUCUCUCUGCUUCUCUUACCACCACCCACACCUCAGGGUAGUUUGGAGUCUGCAGACCACCCAAGGGCUAAGGACGCUGCACGCUGGGAGGCCUGGGUGGGUGAAUGCACUGAAGGAUGGCCGUGUUUUGCAAAGCCAUGGCAGAUGGACUGCUGCUCACUUUGAGCCUCACUCUGCUGGGAUGGGGAGCCGAGGGGCAGGGGAACGGACGGGGUAUGAAAGAAGUAUCAGGCAAAGCGACCGUCUACCUCGGCCAGAACGGAGACAUCUGGAGGCCGCUGAUCCACACAACAGUCAACCUCAGUGAGAUCAGCAGCAUCAAGUCAUCUUUUCAGGUGCGGACGUUUGAUCCAGAAGGUACAAUUUUCUACGGAGACACCAAAAACGGAGAGGACUGGUUUGUUUUGUCCCUGAAGGACGGCAUCCCUCUGAUGCAGAUUAGCAAAGAAGACGUACUCGUCAGCGUGGCAGGCGGCCCCAAACUCAACGAUGGGAAGUGGCACACACUGGAGGUGAGCAACCAGGGGAAGUUUGUGAUUCUGGAGGUGGAUGGCUCCAGUGGGCUGGUGGUGGGUAUGCAGUCCAAACAGACAGAGGAGUCCAUUUCAGGUCAACUCCGAUUGGCUCUUGGUGGGAUCCUGAUCAACAAUGAAAAGAUGAUUGUUCAGUUUGAGCCACAGAUGGACGGCUGUGUGCGGGAAGGCAGCUGGCUAAACCUCAGCAUCCCAUGGGAGACAGAGGUAGAGGAGCUCUGGCCUUGCUAUCAAAACAUCCAGCCUGGCAGUUACUUCCCUGGCACUGGAUUUGCCAUUUUCAACACCUCAGCUUUUCCCAUUGACACAGAUGAUGUGUUCAAGAUUGAAUUGUUGGGAGAUUUCAGUCAGAUGGAUGGGACCAUUUUGAGCAUCAAGGCUCCUGGACAAGAGCUGAUGUUGGCUUUAGUGGCCAAUAAUAACACAGAGGAGGUCACACUCACUUUUGGCAAAGAAAAUAAAAGUAUGGGGAACACUUUCAAGAGACUGUUGAUAACCUUUAAGGCAGAUUCACUGCAAGUGUUUCAAGAAGAACUCGAGACCAUUUCAAUAUCUGUAACUCCAGUUAUCAACUCUAGUAUUUCGACCACACUGAGGGAGGGCCUUCUAGCCAUUGGAGGUCUCCUAGGUGAAGGUGAGGACAAUGCUGGCUCCCAGUUCUUGACAGGCUGUCUGAAGAAAAUCCAGGUCCAAGGGAGGGAUUUGGACCUGGAUUUAGCCGUCAAACACAUGUCAGUCUCCUCUCAUAGCUGCCCUGCAUAGAAAGAAUGCAUGUACAGUAUGUGGAAUAGAUGCUUGCACUACAUGCCUUUGGGUCCAAAUGACAUUAAAAAGACAAUUUAUGUAAAGUACUAAAUUAUGAACAAAAUGAAAUGUUAGGGAGCAUAACAGCACUGAUAACUGCAAAGAGUAGAGACUAAAGUUUCUAAUUUAGGCUGCUAAAACUCAUUCUGUAGUCAAAUGUGGUAAAAAGUUGAAGAUUUACUAUUAAAUAUGAAUAUGUUUUCAAACAGAUUUGUUCUUCCACUAGCCCCAUUUUAACAUACAAUUUAAUCUGAGAAAUGUUAGUCAUUUUCUGACCUUGGUACGUGCAACAGUGGGUUUCAGAAUAAAAUAUAAUUCUCUUU